AUGCUGAAACAAUUGCAAAUGGGCCUUCGCGCGUUCAUGCUAAUAGCUUCCAAAGUAUGGAGUUGUUUUUGUUACAUGUUUAGAAAGCAAUAUCGAGCGUUGGCUCAAUAUCAAUCUGUCAAAUAUGAAAUAUAUCCUCUUUCUCCAGUAUCUCGACACAGGCUGAGUUUAGUUAAAAGGAAGAUGUUGGUGUUAGAUCUAGACGAGACGUUGAUUCAUUCUCAUCACGACGCCAUGCUACGACCUACAGUGAAGCCGGGGACCCCUCCGGACUUUGUUCUUAAGGUCACUAUAGACAAACACCCCGUCAGAUUCUUUGUACAUAAACGACCCCAUGUUGACUACUUCCUAGAUGUGGUGUCCCAGUGGUAUGAGUUGGUAGUGUUCACCGCUUCUAUGGAAAUAUAUGGAGCAGCCGUGGCUGACAAACUUGACAACGGACGAGGAAUACUAAGAAGGAGGUUCUAUAGACAGCACUGUACCCAGGAACACGGCUCAUAUACUAAGAACCUGUCAUCUAUAUGUGAAGAUCUCAACAGAGUGUUCAUAUUAGACAACUCACCCGGCGCGUACCGGGACUUCCCAGACAACGCCAUCCCAAUCAAGUCGUGGUUCUCGGACCCCCUGGACGUGGCCCUGUUGAACCUGCUGCCCGUGUUGGACGCGCUGCGGUUCACACACGACGUGCGCUCCGUGCUGUCCAGGAACCUGCACCUACACCGACUGUGGUAG